AUGUCAUCCCCGCAUCGAAAGGAAUGUCUCGAUUAUCAGAUGAAUGAUUCCAAUUUCUGCAAGAUGAUCCGCAUUAAAAGGACCCUUUGCCGAAAAUACAAGCAGGUGAAGAAUGGCAUCGCUGAAAGUGAAAAGGCUUUCGACAGACUUGAUGAAGCAGCACCCAGCAAUUCAAAGACAGAGUGGUUAGCCAGCGAGAGGAUCCCUCAGUCCAGCAGAAUAAAUGAUCCUGUGGCUAUGGAUGUAUAUGAGAUUAAUAUCAAGAAGGCACCGAGCAAAAAGGAGAUCGAGCUUAGACAAUUAGAGGAGGGUAAUGCCUGA